CGAGGAAACAGCUGCUGUGGAGGUUUCUAAGGAGACUCAAACUGGUUUUUUUCCCUGCUCCCGGGAGACGGCAGGAAACCUCAGUAGGGAGGAACAUUGCUCCCUGGCUAGCAGGCAGUCCCCAACCUGGAUGGAGUGAAAGAUGCGGCCUGAUGACAUUAACCCGAGGACUGGGCUGGUUGUGGCCCUGGUGAGUGUCUUCCUGGUCUUUGGCUUCAUGUUCACCGUCUCUGGGAUGAAAGGAGAGACUCUGGGAAACAUCCCCCUCCUGGCCAUAGGGCCAGCCAUCUGCCUCCCAGGCAUCGCAGCCAUUGCCCUGGCCAGGAAAACUGAGGGAUGCACCAAGUGGCCCGAGAAUGAGCUGCUAUGGGUCCGCAAGUUGCCCUGCUUCCGGAAACCCAAGGACAAGGAGGUGGUGGAACUGCUGAGGACCCCUUCAGACCUGGAGUCGGGCAAGGGGAGCUCAGAUGAGCUGGCGAAGAAGGUGGGCCUCAGGGGGAAGCCCCCCCUCCAAGGGCAGGGCGAGGUGCCUAUGGCCAGCUCCAUCACCACCCCCACACCCACGGAGGAAGGAGAACGCCAGAGCCGGGUCCAGAGCGGGCAUCGGGAGGAGCCAUGCAGAUACCUGGAUGGCUACUGUCCCUCAGGCAGUUCCCUCACCUACAAUGCCUUGGAUGCCAAGUGCUCAGCCUGGGACAGGUCUGAGUGCCCUGAGCCCGAGGACAGCAUCUUCUUUGUGCCCCAGGACAGUAUCAUCGUUUGCUCCUACAAGCUGAACAGCCCCUAUGACAGAUACUGUUGUUACAUCAAUCAGAGCCAAGGCAGAUGGGACCAUGAAACGAUAGUCUAA